ACAUGCAAUUGCAGAGAUAGUCUCAGAAAGUUAUUUACUAGUUAUUAAUUGAUUGCUGAGGUCAUUGACAGCUAUAAGCUAUCAUUUGUUACUUCAAUACUAAUAUUAUAACAUAAUAUCAGUAUUAUACUUGAAAUUUUUAAUACCAUCAUUUUUUUAAUGGUCAAAGAUCAAGUACUAUAAAAGAUGACUGCAGAGUGAUUGAGUUUAGUCUGUAAUCAAUAAUUUGAAGAUGUAUUCUAUCAAGCAUAUUACUCCAAUUUUCAUCCUUGUAUUUUUAUUUUUUUCAUAUAUAUUAGCGGAUGACAGUAAAGGAAUUCCUUUGGUAGUUAUAACUUGGGAUUAUAAAGAAGCUACGCAGAAAGCAUGGGAUGUUUUAAAUAAUGAAGGAAAAAGUGCUAUAGAUGCUAUUGAAGCUAGUUGUUCUUUAUGCGAAGAAAUGCAAUGUCGUAAGACUGUGGGUUAUGGCGGUAGUCCAGAUGAGUCAGGAGAAACAACAUUGGAUGCUAUGAUCAUGGAUGGGGUAAAAAUGGAUGUGGGUGGAAUUGGAGGAUUAAGAAAUGUUAAAGGUGCUAUAUCUGUUGCUCGUAAAGUGUUAGAGCAUACAGAACAUUCAUUGCUCGGUGGAAGUCUAGCUACAAAUUUCGCUAUACAAAUGGGAUUUAAAUCAGAAUCUUUAGAAACUGCAGAAUCUAAAGAUAUGUGGAAAAAAUGGAAAGAUAAUCAAUGUCAACCGAAUUUUUGGAAGAAUGUUGUACCAAAUCCAAAAACUACUUGUGGUCCUUACAAACGAAUUAAUAUUAUGGAUACAUUUAUGGAACAAGAAAAUCAUCAAGAAGUAUCAUAUUCAAAUGAAGAAAAUCAUGAUACGAUAGGAGUCAUAGCAAUAGAUAAAAAUGGACAUAUAGCUGCUGGAACUUCCACCAAUGGUGCAAGACACAAAAUUCCUGGUCGCAUUGGGGACUCUCCCAUACCAGGUGCAGGUGCAUAUGCUGAUCAACAAGUUGGUGCAGCUUCUGGUACCGGUGAUGGAGAUAUUAUGAUGCGGUUUUUACCCAGUUUUCUCGCAGUAGAAGAAAUGCGCCGUGGUGCCACACCAACAGAAGCAGCUAAAACGGCUAUAAGUAGAAUAGCAGAGCAUUAUCCUAACUUUACUGGUGGAGUUAUUGCAUUAAAUAAAGAUGGACAAUUUGGAGCAGCAUGUAAUGGCAUCCCUUUUUUUCCAUUCUAUGGUACUCUACAUUCACUCAUUUUCAACAACACAAAUUCGACGCAAACGCCUGUCUCGAUCGUCCUCCUUGUACAUAGCUUCGUUGUUAUAUCGAAUAUUAUUUGUAUUAAUAUAAAUUUUGAAAUUUUUAUCUUACAAACAAAUAUACUAAAAAUGCCAGAAACCAUGGAGGAAGAUAUGAAUAUGUCAGUUCGUUUAACGAAUGACGAUUUUCGAAAAUUAUUGAUGACACCAAGAGCAGCUGCUCCUUCAGCUACACCAGCAUCAGUUCCAGGCACAGCUCGAGAUGCUAGUGCUAAGACGGCGCAAACACCUAUUGUUACCGGAGGUAGUAGAGCAGAGUUACGUAGAAAAAAAAAGAGCUUUUAUGCUAAACUUAAGAAACAAGAAGAAGAUAAAAUGGCAGAGUUGGCUGAAAAAUAUAGAGACAGAGCAAGAGAGCGUAGAGAUGGAACUAAUCAAGAUUAUCAAGCAGAAGAUCCUAUGAAUAGUGCUAGCGCAUAUCGUGCUGUUGCUCCUGAUUUAAAAUCAGGCAUGGAUGCAGCAGAACGUAGAAGACAAAUGAUUCAACAAUCUAAAUUCUUAGGUGGUGAUAUGGAACAUACUCAUUUAGUAAAAGGAUUAGAUUAUGCCCUUUUACAAAAGGUACGUAGUGAGAUAGAAGCUAAAGAACACGAACAAGAACAGGAAAUGGAAAAGUUAGUAAAACCAAAAGAAAAAAUAAAAGAGAAGAAAGAACCAGAGAAAAAGGAAGACGAAAUGCAAUUUAAAACUAAAAUUGGUCGCAAUAUUUAUAAAACUAUAUUGACCAUGAAGUCGAAACAAAUAGAAAGGAAUGAACUUUUUACACCGGGACGAAUGGCAUAUGUUAUAGAAUUGGAUGAUGAAAAUGCUGAUGUAGACAUUCCGACAACAUUAAUUAGAAGUAAAGCGGAUGUUCCUACUGUGGAGAAUACGCCAACAUUGACGACCAAUGAUAUAGUGAUAAAUAAGUUGGCACAAAUUUUAUCAUACCUAAGACAAGGUAACCGACAUGGAAAGAAAGGCAAGAAAAAUAAGGAUGGUCGUUCCAGAGCUGAUGAUACAAAUGAUAUGGACCUUCCACCAAGACCUCAGGAUGAAAGUAUAUAUGGGGAUAUUGGUGAUUAUGUUCCUGCUAUUGGAAGAAAAGAUAGCAUACAGCAUCGAGAUAAAAAGAAAGGUUCAUACUUUGAUAAGCCAGAGAAUAAUAUAGAUACAGAUGAUAAAGCAAAUACUCCACAAUUGCCAAGUACUUUACCUCAAAUUAUUGAAACUAAUGUACCCAAGAAGGGAGCGCUUCUUAAUAAAUUGGCUGCUGAACCUGAAGGUUAUGCAGAGUGUUAUCCAGGUUUGGACGAAAUGCAGGAUGCUAUAGAUGACUCCGACGAUGAAGUGGAUUAUACAAAAAUGGAUUUAGGCAAUAAAAAAGGUCCUAUUGGUAGAUGGGAUUUUGAUACACCAGAAGAAUAUAGCGAAUAUAUGAAUAAUAAAGAAGCACUACCAAAAGCAGCUUUCCAAUAUGGGGUAAAAAUGGCAGACGGCAGAAGAACUAGAAAAUAUAAUAAAGAAAAGAAUGAAAAAGCAGAAUUGGAUCGUGAAUGGCAGAAAAUUCAAAAUAUUAUGAAUAAAAGAAAACCAGCUACUAAUUUGGAAGGAGGCUCGGAAUUUAAAAUACCGAGAUAUUAAAUAUUCUUUAAUGAUUAUAAACUUUUUAUAAUGCAAAGAUAGUGUAGAUAUUGUGAUUGAAUAUUCAUCAUGUAUAAUUUAACAGAAAUGAAAAAUAAAAACAGAAUCGAAAAAAAACAAACAAAAAAUUGUGGAGCCGGCGUUCAAGUGACAGACUGAAACCCGCAUUAACGCGGGACUGGUGCUUAGUAAUAUAAUUUAAAAAAAGAAUCUAAAUUUACAAAAAAAAAUCUAAAUUUAAAUAAAAAUAGGGUUUCGUUAGAAUUAUUGUAUCAUAUUAAAUUAAAAAUGUUCAUCCCUAGAACCUGGAGAAAGAAAUUAAGCCAGAAAUACAUUUUUUCACACAUUUACAAUACCAAAUAUUAUUUGAAUUGUAUAUAUAAUAAAGUACGUGUAUUUAA